UCCACCUCUCCACCUCUCCACCUCUCCACCUCUCCACCUCUCCACCUCUCCACCUCGCCACGUCUCCACCUCGCCACGUCUCCACCUCUCCAUCUCCCAAUCUCUCCACCUCUCCACCUCUCCACCUCUCCACCUCUCCACGUCACCACAUCUCCACCUCUCCUCUCUCCAUCUCUCCUCUCCAUCUCUCCAUCUCAUGGAGUGCUUCACAGUCCUGUCUUUAUCCUGUGUGUAUAAUAACAAACCUCUCCAUGUCUCCUCUCCUUAGAGACCGUAUGCCUGAGACCCAGGAGGGUCAGAUCACCAUGGAGAAGACCCCCAGCUACUACGUCACUAAAGACGUCCCCGCCCGUAUCCACACCAUGUCCCCAGACACCAGGCUGAUUGUGGUGGUCCGAGACCCCGUCACCAGGGCCAUCUCAGACUACACUCAGACCCGCUCCAAGAAGCCUGACAUCCCCUCCUUCGAGAGCCUCGCCUUCAAGAACAGGACUACGGGUCUCAUCGAUACGUCCUGGAGCGCCGUCCAGAUCGGGAUGUAUGCCAAGCACCUAGAACGCUGGCUGCAGUACUUCCCCAAGGACCAGCUCCUCUUCAUCAGCGGGGAGAGGUUGAUCUCCGACCCGGCCGGGGAGAUGACACGCGUACAGGACUUCCUGGGCCUCCGGAGGGUGGUCGGUCACAAACACUUUCACUUCAACCCAGCCAAGGGCUUCCCCUGUCUGAAGAGGCCGGAGGGGAAUAGUAAGCCUCACUGUCUGGGGAAGACCAAAGGAAGGACUCAUCCUAGUAUUGACUCUGAGGUGGUACAGAGGCUGAGGGAGUUUUAUCAACCUUUCAACAGGAGGUUUUAUCAGAUGACGGGACAUGACUUUGGAUGGGGUUCAUGGAGCUGAGCGACAGAGACAUUAAAUGAAUCCGAAAUGGCACCCUAUUCCCUAUGUAGUGCACUACCCUGGUCAAUAGUAGUGCAUUAUUGAGGUUGUUGUACACUAUUCUGCUCAAAUGUAGUGCACUAUUGAGGUAUUAUGGUGCCCUUUCAGACAGAGAUGUUGUAUUUUUCUUUGAGGGGUUUUAGGUUGUAACUGUAACAUUUUGGAGAUAUUGUUAUACCAUGUAUAUAAGGCAGGCAGCGUGUGUAAAAAGUACAGAAGUCUAUUUUCUGAUAAUUUAUUUCUAGGAUAUUAUGAACUCACUGAGCUGCCUAUCCAUGUUUGUUGAUGAUCAUCACACAUCUUCACAUUCCUGUUUUUAAACUCUUCGUUUGAAGGGCAUUUUGUCAUCUUGAAAUUACCUCAGAAAAAUACACGUGCAGGAAUUGUGGGAAUGAAUAUAUAACAGCACAAUUCUGUUCCGGUAGCAGCACUCGACCAGCAGGGCUAGAGCUGAGGACGUACAAAUAUUGUAACUACCAGAGAAUUAGUGUUGGGCAUCUCUGUAGCCUCUUUGUUUUUAAAAGGUGCUAGAAAACCACUCAAGGAGUCCAAAUCACCCCAUCAUUUACCUCCUUAAGAUCAGCCUGACCUCCAGAGGCCUGUGGGCCCACUUCAUCCACCAGAUCAAUAUAUAGAACCCCAGCUGAUCCAGUCAGCCUGCUUCCAAAAUGGCUCCCUGCUCACUUAAUCGUUCACUACUUAUGACCAGGACCCAUGGGGCAUUUAGGGAACAGGGAACCAUUUGGGAUGCCCUCCCGGUGUCACUAUGACAGCUAUAUCAAUACAGUAAUAACUCAUCAUCACAUCAAUUACACGUGAGUGAUGUCACAGUGCAGCUGAGUGAUGUCACAGUGCAGCUGAGUGAUGUCACAGUGCUGUCUCUGGACUCUCCUGCUAUAAAACAAUGAUCCGUCAAAAGGUUCAUUGGAGUCAACGAAUGUUGGGAUCUUGUGACCACUAAACAUUAACGUACUGAUCUGGAGUUUAUGUUGCAGAUUCAAGGCUCUUCUGAAACGGGGCAAGUUAUUUAGGAAGCUUUACGUUACUGUGAUAGUCAUUAGCACCCCUCCUAGUUCCUCUGCUUGUUGAAGCCAGUUGGCCGACCUAAACUCCAAUCUUUACGUUACUGUCAUAGUCGUUAGCACCCCUCCUAGUUCCUCUGCUUGUUGAAGCCAGUUGGCCGACCUAAACUCCAAUCUUUAAAUGUGCAGUCUUUUUGAUGAGAUGCCGUCACCUUUUCAUGUUUGUAAUCCAUUCUUUGUUAGCAGUGAGGUUUGCUUGUGUAAUGAUAUGAUGACUCUAUUCAGGGAUGAUGAGCUGACCAUGAUACAGUAUCAUGUUAUCAUCACAGCCCUCUGUAGUCCUGUCAGGUAAAGUUAACAGGACUGCUGUUAGAUCAGAUGUUAUCAUCACAGCCCUCUGUAGUCCUGUCAGGUAAAGUUAACAGGACUGCUGUUAGAUCAGAUGUUAUCAUCACAGCCCUCUGUAGUCCUGUCAGGUAAAGUUAACAGGACUGCUGUUAGAUCAGAUGUUAUCAUCACAGCCCUCUGUAGUCCUGUCAGGUAAAGUUAACAGGACUGCUGUUAGAUCAGAUGUUAUCAUCACAGCCCUCUGUAGUCCUGUUAGGUAAAGUUAACAGGACUGCUGUUGGAUCAGACCGCAGUUAUUGGGAACUCAAUGGUGCAUUGUUGUGUUAUUGUUGUUGAAAUGGAAAUUCAAAGGCUGCGAUUCAAUCCGAUCGCACGUUGCAGUGCUCUUGACAUUUAAAAGUCAUUUCCAGCUGAGCCAACAUGUGCAGUGUUUACCUUGAGUGUCACCACGGCGAAAGCGAGAACAUUACCUCUGUGAUAGUGUGCAGCGCUGUAACGAGUCUUGAAGUGAAUCGUGACCAACGUCUUGCUAUUCAGGGCUCACAAUUCCUUUCUCCUAAGUCUGUGUAUGGGUGACUUUUAUUCAUCCCUAUACAGAGAGAUACGCCAAUGACAAUGUUUCUACCCAUCAAAUAUGAUGAUAAUGUAUUGAUUAAACUCUGUGUACAUACAUGAACAAAUCCAACUAUUUUGCUGUAUAGUUCCCAUGUUACAAAGACGUAAAUGAGGCCAUUGUGAGUAAAAUAGUGUUAUUGUUGUUAUUUCUUUGAAGUAAGAAAUAUAUCUAUUUUACCAAAACCAAA